UCUAAAUAUCAAUCAUCACUAUAGACAUCUCUGCAAACGGUAGAUACAUUUGACUUCCCGUGGCAUUGGAGUGACUUGACAGAUCAGGAAGCCUCUGGAUGUGUGACUUCGGUGCUUUCAGUACCUGGGAUAUGCUUGUUAAUUUGUACUUGUAUUCCUCCACUUGACUGGCACCCAACUCAAAGCGUGUUGUGCUCACUGCAGAUCUUCUUUUUAAUUCAGAAAUGGAGCAGGGAUGUGAUUUUUCUCUUGAUUCUUUGAACUUGGAUUGUUUGUUAAACAUAUUUCCUGGAAAUCUGGAGUUUCAACAGAUACUUGGUGACAUUGAUGAGAAAAUAAAGAAAAAUGCUUCAGGCAUGGAUCAAUGUCUUAAGGAACUACAACUUGAAUUAAAUGAAACUUGUUCUGAUGAGUUGCUACAGGACACGACCAGUUAUCUUCAUUGGCUAAAUAACUAUGAUUUCAGUUCAACCAAACUUUCUUCAACCCCUCAAGGAGAAUUAAUCAAGUUCCUCCAAACACUGCAAAGUUUAUUGAAGAAUGAACUAAAUCAGGAAGAAAUAAUUCUUCAGUUUCUCCUUGAACUCUCCAGUCAGUGUGGUGUCUUAUUUCCCCGUACUCCAAGUGGAGCAUCUUUUGAAUUUAUAUCCAGUAGUUCCAUUCAUGGUAUUGAAGAUGAUACAGCAGUAGACGUUCACUGUAUUUGGGAUGAUAUAAGAUUACAUCUUCGACGCUUCUUAGUAAACCAAUUACAAACUAAUCAAGAAACAAAAACUGGUACUUUACAACAUCAACUGCAAUUUAAAACUCGGUGUCUCCAGCGACUGUUUUUUCUUUAUCCUGAAUCUGAAGUUCUAGUCAAGUAUCAAAAAAUGCAGAAUAAAUUGGUUAGAGAUCUUUUGCAGAAAUGUGUUCAGGAUAAGAAUGAUGAAAUGAACUUUGAAAAGGUUGUUCAUAAUUAUAAAAGUUCAAUUCCUGCCUUCAGUGCAAUGAUAAAAGAAGAUUUAUAUAUACUAAGUGGAAUUACCGAUUCUUCUUCAGUAUUGAAAUUUAUUAAUGAAACUUAUUUGAAUACCUUCACUGAAGAAAUUGCUAUUCUUCUUGACAUGUUUUGUGAGCUUCAAUUUAAAGAAAAGACAUUACCUGCUGUAAAGACAAGCAAGAACUCAAAGAAAAGCAGAGGAAUGGUUCAUGUUGGGGGUUAG